AUGAAUGCAAUAAAUAAUAUUGUGAACGCGCUGGUGAAUGCAAGCAGUGUUGAUCGAAUGGUAGCUGAUCUUCAGACGCAUGCAACUGAUAGUGAUACACCACCGACACCAGCAUUACCAUGGUGGUUUACACCUGAAUGUGAAAGUCAGCUAAUAUCAGCAUCAUCGGCAUCAUCAACAUCAUCGUUAGAGGCACGAGCACAAGGAAAACGGUCACCUGUGCCAGCUAUAAAGAUGAAAACAUCAACUCCAUCAGUAACAGCACCAUCACGGCCACAGCCUGUAGUGCCACCACUUCCACCAUCGCAACCUUUGUCCUUAUCAGCAAAUACGAAAAUUUCAUAUACUCUACCUCAUACUCAGCGUUCGGCUGUUAUUCCACAACAACAUAACGAUAUUAAACAACAAUUGAAAAGUCAACUAGAAUAUUAUUUUUCAAGAGAAAAUCUGAUGACUGAUCGAUUCUUAAGGUGUCAGAUGGACAAUGAUCAAUAUGUACCGAUACGUAUAAUAGCUGGUUUUCCUAAAGUCAAGAGGCUAACCAGUGACUUUGAUCUGAUCGUGCAGGUUUUGCGCGAAUCUAAUCAAGUGCAAGUUGAUGAAACAGGAGAACGAGUUCGAGCGGCAUCAAGACGAUGCACGAUUAUUUUGCGUGAAAUACCAGAAACUACUGAUGAAAAAGAAGUUGCGUCGAUGUUUGCUGGAGGACCACCAUAUAUAAGUAUUCAAUAUGGUUUGAAUAAUAGUUGGUAUGUUAUGUUUGAUUCAGAAGAAGCAACUCAAAGAGCCUUUCUACAUUUGCAGAAUCGUGGCAAAACCUUUAAUAACAAACCAAUAUGUGCUAGGAUAAAAACUGGUGGCGCUCCAUAUUCUGAUAAUCAACUGCCAUUAGAACGAGCAUUAUCUACACUGCCAACUGAAGCAGUGCCUGAGACUAAUAUCCCUAUUAAUUCAUCAACCACUAUUGCACCUGCAGAAAAUUUCGAUCUUGGUCAAGUUCUGGCAAGUUAUGGCUAUGUACCACGAGCUACUUAUAAACCAGGCGCUGCUGUAGUUCAUGUUAAUUCAACAGUGGAUCUUAUGAGUCGGAUUAAUAUGUCAAGGAUUCGAGGAUCUAAUUCGGCGAAUCAUUAUCGGAGUGGUGGCAGGGGUCGAGGAGGUGGUGGUGCUAUAAAUGGGUUGAUGAGCCAUCGUGUUUUAAAUGGUCAUCGAGAUUAUGGCAAUACGAAUUACCAACAUAGUUGUAAUCGUAGAUCAUCUGGUUAUAAUGAUUCUCAUUGGGAAAAUUAUCGUGAUCGAAACGAUUCAUAUCGAUCUCGUGGUCGUUAUAUUCGACCUAAUAGCUUUAACUUUGGUCUCGGCAAUUCACGCAGUCGAACUCCUGUGGAAAUGUAUCAGCAUUCACGACGAAAUGACAAUCGCCAACGUAUAUCAUCCGAAUUCAACCACGAUUAUAAUAUACCAUCAAACAGCAAACAAUCGAAUUCAAAACGUGAUUCAUACUCGAAAUCACAUAAUACAAAUGGCAAAUCCUUUGUAUCUCGUCCUAUUAUCCAAACGCCGGAUGGCAGUAAAAAGUACGAUGAUCGCCACACUUCAUCAUCUCUUAUUGAAGAAACGAAAUCAGAACCGAGUAAUUCAAAAAUUGAGUCAGAAUACAAUUUUGAAGAAGGAGCAUUUCCAAGUCUUUCUGUGGAAGUAACUGAAAAGAAAGUAUCUGAAAUGGAAAAGCCUAUAGAAAGACCAACAUUUAGUUCGGUUGCUGCUGGUAGGAAACGAGAAAAGAAAGAGCAAAAAGAGAAAAAAAGUUACGCGCAAACUUUAAAGCAGACUAAUGGGUAA